CGUAUACCAAACAAGUUAAAAAAUGUAACUUUGUAAGAAAAGUUGGCAUUUUCCCAAAAAAGAAAAAGAAUUGAUUGAAAAUUGAGGGACCACCCUCCACAAAACGCAAACGAAAGACGCAACUGCUUGCUUACCAAAGCCAGGAUAAUAGUACACUGUACGAGUACUCUAAAUUUCACAUAACCCGGAUUUGAACACCCAUUUCCUUAACUCUAUUUAACAAUGGACCCUCACGUCCGAACCUUGUGCUGCAAUUGGGUGGAAAAACACAACCCAAUAUUCAAUUAAAAUUAAUUAAAAAAAACAAAAAAGAAAAGUUAAGAAAAUAAAAAAGAAAAGAAAAGGCGUUUUGUUUGGAUUUCUCUUCUUCCUUCCUUCCUUCGUCAAAAAAGAGCGAAUUCCUUCAAUCGUGAUUACACUGACAUACACACCAUAGAAGGUUAGACCAACAAAACAGGAGAGAGAAAAUCCUUUACAACUUCCGCGUUUUCUCUCUAACUCAUCUUCACUUUCUCUCUCCUCUCCGACUACGACGACGACUUUCCUCAAUCUUCUGGUGAAAAUUUAGGUUACUUGAGUAUGAGCUGCAGUCGUUAGUGUGCUUAUCGGCUUUCUGUGUAGCAGUUAAGGUAGAUACGUCGUGGUGGAUCUUGCAGCUGAGUAAUGGAUUUGGUGGCUAGCUGUAAGGACAAAUUGCAAUAUUUUAGAAUCAAGGAGCUGAAGGAUGUGUUGACUCAACUAGGUUUCUCUAAACAGGGAAAGAAGCAGGAACUUGUUGAUCGAAUUUUGGCUUUUCUUGUUGAUGAUCAAGCUUCCAAGAUGUGGGUAAAAAGACCUGCACUUUCAAAGGAAGAACUAGCAAGAUUAGUGGAUGAUAUUUACAGGAAAAUGCAAGGGUCUGGUGCUACUGAUUUGGCUUCAAAAGCACAAAGCACGUCGGAUACUGCUACGGCUACCAUUACCUUGAAACCCAAAGAGGAAGUUGAUGACUCUUUGCAUGUGGAUAUGAAAAUUCGGUGCCCUUGUGGUAGCUCACUGCUUACAGAGUCAAUGAUCAAGUGUGAGGAUCCAAGGUGUCAAGUAUGGCAGCAUAUUAGCUGUGUAAUUAUACCAGAAAAGCCUAUGGAUGGGAUUCCACCUGUUCCUUCCCAGUUCUAUUGUGAAGUUUGCCGCCUCAAUCGAGCUGAUCCCUUUUGGUCUACACUGGGACACCCAUUGUCAUCUGUAAAGCUGAUGGCUAGUACUUUGCCAACUGAUGGUACAAACCCUGUGCAGUGUGCGGAGAAAACGUUUCAUCUUACAAGGUCUGACAAAGAGUUGUUAGCUAAGCCGGAUUAUGCUGUCCAGGCUUGGUGCAUGCUUCUCAAUGAUAAGGUUUCUUGUAGGAUGCAGUGGCCGCAAUAUGUAGAUUUGCAGGUCAAUGGCAUGCCUGUCAGAGCUAUCAGUAGACCUGGUUCACAAUUGCUUGGGGCUAAUGGUCGUGAUGAUGGUCCAAAUAUAUCACAAUGCACCCGAGAUGGAAUUAAUAAGAUCUUUAUAUCAGGACGUGAUUCUCGUAUAUUCUGUUUCGGUGUUAGAUUAGUGAAGCGGCGUAGUCUUCAUCAGAUAUUAAGUUUGAUUCCAAAGGAAUCAGAUGGUGAGCUCCUUGAAGAUGCUCUUGUUCGUGUGCGUCGCUGCAUUGGAGGUGGUGAAGCUGAGAAUGCUGAUAUUGACAGUGAUUUGGAAGUUGUUGCGGAAUCCAUAACUGUUAACUUGCGUUGUCCUAUGAGUGGUUCUAGAAUGAAGAUUGCUGGAAGAUUCAGGCUAUGUCUGCAUAUGGGUUGUUUUGACCUUGAAACUUUUGUUGAGAUGCAGCAGCGUUCGAGGAAGUGGCAAUGUCCAAUAUGUCUGAAGAAUUACUCCCUUGAGAGUAUAAUUAUUGACCCUUACUUUAAUCGCAUUGCAAACAUGAUGCAGUCUUGUGGUGAGGACACAACCGAGAUUGAAGUGAAACCUGAUGGCUCUUGGCGUGUUAAGAGUGAUACUGAACGCAGGGAUCUUAGGCAUUGGCAUUUGCCUGAUGGAAGCCUCUGUCUUCCUGAUGAAGUAGAAAGUAAGCAGAAGCCUGAAGCUUCAAAGCCAAUUAAGCAAGAAGGUACCGGUUUGAAACUAGGAAUCAGGAAGAACAGCAAUGGAGUAUGGGAAGUUAGUAAACAUGGGGAUACUAACACUCUUUCAUCCGGUGAUAGAGUGCUAGAAAAUUUACCAAAUGGUGGUCCAAAGAUUAUUCCAAUGAGCAGUAGUGCCACUGUUAGUGGUAGAGAUGGUGAAGAUACAAGUGUUAAUCAAGAUGCAAAUGGUACUUUUGAUUUUUCUGUUAACAAUGGACUGGAACUUGAUUCUAUUUCUUUGAAUCUUGAUCCUACUUAUGGGUUGGCUACUCAAAAUGCUGCGGCAGCUGCAAAGGACUCGGAAGUUAUUGUGCUUAGUGAUUCUGAUGAAGAAAAUGGUAUGAUGGUACAUAGGGUUAUUCACAACAAUGGUCUGAUGGAUAAUGGAGUCAAUUAUGGUGAUCCACAUACAGGAUCAUAUCCAGAGGCCCCUGGUCUUGGGGUCGGUGGAAGUUCAUGUCUUGAUCUUUUCAACCCAGCAGAUGAUGAAUUUGGGCUUCCUCUGUGGCCUUUGCCUGCCACUACUCAAGGAGCCUCCAGUUUCCAGCUAUUUGGUUCAGAUGGUGAUGGACCAGAUACAUUAUCUAAUCCACAUCUUACUUCUGUGAAUUGCCCAACAUCAAUGAAUGGCUAUAUGUUGCCUCCGGAGACUGCUAUGAACCAUGUGUCUUUCAUGCCAGAUUCUUCAGUCGGUCAAACAUAUAAUGACCUAAAUGAUGGUUUAGUUGAUAAUCCCUUGGCAUUUGGUGGAGAAGAUCCAGCUCUUCAAAUAUUUCUUCCUACAAGGCCUUCUGAUGCAUGUGGGCCUACUGAUGCAAGAAAUCAACAAGAUAUGUCUAAUGGUUUACGUGGUGAGGAUUGGAUCUCUCUUCGGCUUGGGGAUGGUGGUGACAGAUCUCAUGAUGAGUCAGGUGCUAUGAAUGGUUUACAUACUGGACCGCAGCCUCAUUCAAGAGAAGGAGCAACGGAUUCACUGGCUGAAACUGCUUCUUUUCUUUUGGGCUCCAGUGGCAGUAAAUCUGACAAAACUCGAGAACGACCAGGCAGUCCUUUUUCGUUUCAACAAUCAGAUAGCCCUUCCCCGUUUCCUCAACACAAACGUUCUGUUAGACAGCGGUUGUACCUUUCUAUUGAUUCUGAUUCUGAGUAAGUGUUUUAGUGGUUUUGCUAACCAUAAUGCUCCAGACUCAAGGUGGCUUGUGGGUCAAUUAUAUAAUAUUAUUGCCCUUCAUGAAGCUAGCCUGUACAUAAGAACUUGAAGUUGGCUUGCACUGACCCUUUUGGAUGACAACUCAGAACGGGAUGCCGAGUAGGGCAGAAUGAGAAUAUCUGCAUUUUCCGGAAAGAUCAGUGCCUCUUCAUUCUCGGUAUUGCUUAGCUGGAAUACCUCUUUUCGGCUUCGCAUGUGGCUGGACGGUACAUAUCAUUGCUAAUUUUAUUGUGGCACAGGGUUUGGAAGAUAGUAGCACAUACAUUUUUAUGAAGAAGCAAGUCUAGUCUAGUACAUUUGGUUAGUGGUGAUAUUUAGAUGUGAAUUAUUGAGCUCCAAAGCUAUGUCCUUUGAUCAGUAACAUAGGGGAUUUCCUCUCGUAUCUGCGAUCUGCAAAUAUACCAGCCUCCUAUUUUUUGGUGGCUUAAUAGCCUGUAAAUGUUUUAUGGGGUUGAGUUAUUUAUAGAAAAGGGACUUCUCCUCCCUUGCCCUAAUCCCUUUCCCCUCCCAAAAUGGUGUUCUAUUGCACCAUGCAGGAUAUUAUUUAUGCGUGGCCUUUUUUGCCCAUCAUUCUGCACUCGUUGUAUCUGUAAGAGGCAAUACCUAUAUCGGCUGUGCGGUGGAUAUGAUCUCUUGUGAGCUCUUCCAAGUUUUACUAUUCUAAGAACUAAACUAUUAAAGCAUUACGUAA